GACCAUCUCAACACCAUUCCUUAUUUGUCACAAUGCUACUGCUCAGCCUAACCCUUAGCCUGGUCCUCCUUGGCUCCUCCUGGGGCUGUGGUGUUCCUGCCAUCACGCCUGCACUGAGCUACAAUCAGAGAAUUGUCAACGGGGAGAAUGCAGUGCCAGGCUCCUGGCCCUGGCAGGUGUCUCUCCAGGAUAACACCGGCUUCCACUUCUGCGGUGGUUCUCUCAUCAGUCCGAACUGGGUGGUCACGGCUGCCCACUGCCAAGUCACGCCUGGACGCCACUUUGUCGUUUUGGGAGAAUAUGACCGAUCUUCCAAUGCUGAACCUGUGCAGGUCCUCUCGAUCGCAAGGGCCAUCACACACCCUAACUGGAACGCCAACACCAUGAACAAUGACCUGACUCUCCUGAAGCUUGCCUCGCCAGCCCGGUACACAGCACAAGUCUCACCAGUCUGCCUGGCUUCCACAAACGAGGCACUGCCUUCGGGGCUCACCUGUGUCACCACUGGCUGGGGCCGAAUCAGUGGUGUGGGCAAUGUGACACCAGCUCGCCUGCAGCAAGUUGUUCUACCCCUGGUCACUGUGAAUCAGUGUCGGCAGUACUGGGGUGCACGCAUUACCGAUGCCAUGAUAUGUGCAGGUGGCUCAGGCGCCUCCUCAUGUCAGGGUGACUCAGGAGGCCCUCUUGUCUGCCAGAAGGGAAACACCUGGGUGCUUAUUGGGAUUGUCUCCUGGGGCACUAAGAACUGCAACAUACAAGCACCGGCCAUGUACACUCGGGUCAGCAAGUUCAGUACCUGGAUCAACCAAGUCAUGGCCUACAACUAAACUGUCCACAGAUCCGUUCCCCAUCUCAAUCUAAUAAACAUACUCGUCUCAGUUUCUCUUG